GAGACAUGCAUUGAUGCAUCCAGACGCAAUACAUACUCAGUUAGCUAGCUCACUAGAGAUCGACCAUUCAUCACAUGAUCAGUGCAGCAGCUAUGGAAAUCCUUGCCAUUCUCCUCUGCCUCCUAGCCGGCAUAAUGGUCUUCUUGCGAAGCUACACUACUUGGCGAGACCGUGGUCCGGCGACCAUCAUCGUCACCGACCCUGCCGUCGCUCACCGAGCGCUGAUCGUGAACGCCGACGACUUCUCGAACCGGCCGGUGGCGAUCUUCCCCGUCUUCAUCGCAAGGUUGCGCGACGGCGAACGGAACGACAACAUGACCACCGUUAAGUACGGCCCUCGCUGGCGAGCGCUCCGGUGCAACCUCGCCGCCGGGAUCCUCCACCCGUCUCGCCUGGCUUCUGUAGCUCCGCUGCAGCAGGAGGCUGCCAAGACCCUCGUCGACGGCUUAUCUUCCAGAUGUGAGGAGGCGGCCGUCCGCAUCCGCGGGCCCGUCACCACCGCUGCGUUCGCGCUGUCCGCGCGCCUGUGCUUCGGGGAUGCGGUGGACGCCAACCUCCGGCGCGCCAUGGGCCAAGUAACGCGUGACUCCAUGGUCGUCAUCGGGGAGCUCGGACCCAGGUUCGAUGGCUCGAUGAUGUCCAAGCUUGUCAACUGGAGGGGGCUUAGCCGGAUCUCCGCCUUGCUCGACCGGCAGGCCGAGCUGUACCGGCCCCAGAUCGAGGAGGCACGGAGGCAGUCACAGUCCUCUCAUCCUCGGCUUUGCGGAGGUGUCGUCCCACCAUAUGUCGAUUCCCUCAUUGCUCUCCGCGUUCCCGACGACGACGGCGAUGAUGAUGCCACUAACGGCGAUGGCCGUCGCCCGCUCCGAGAGACCGAGGUGGUCGGGCUCUUGUUCGAGUUCCUCGGCGCAGGCACAGGGUCGGUGGUGGCCUGUGUCGAGUGGACCCUGGCCCACCUCGUGGACCAACCGGACGUCCAAAGCAAGCUACGCCGCGAGAUCAUCCAGGCCGAAGGCUCCGGGAAGAGCCUCCGCAGCAUGCCAUACCUGAAUGCCGUGGUGCUCGAGAGCCUCCGCAUGCAUCCGCCGGUGCCGUUCACCUUGCGCGGCGCCCAGGGCGAGGGCGCCAAGGCAGUUGGCGUGCCGGCCGACGACUUGAGGGUGUUCUUCAAUUUAGGCCACAUCGGAAGGGACAAGAAAACUUGGACGGACCCCGACGAGUACCGGCCGGAGCGGUUCCUUCCCUUGGGCGAGGCGGAGCACGUCGGCCCGACGCCGGGCCAAAAGGAGAUAAGAAUGAUGCCGUUCGGUGCGGGGCAUAGGCACUGCCCUGGCGUCGGCAUGGGAAUGAUGCUCAUUAAGUCCUUUCUUGCCGCCCUCGUCCGCGAGUUUGAGUGGGCGCCGUCGGCCCAAGGCCGUUCCGGCGGCAUUGACAUGACAGAGCUAGACGGGUUUCUGAAAAUGAUGAAGACGCCACUUUCAGCGAGUGUCACGCGACGCCGUUAAUCAUCGUAUAUCCUUCAUAAAAGUCCGGCCAUUUCUUCAUUUGCAUGCACGGAUUGACCCACGGUCUGCAUGGCAGUCAGGGAUAGACUCUGACUUUGCUUCAGCAAACAGACACUUUCCAUCCUAAAUUCCUAAUAAAAGAGUUAAUAUUAUUUUGCCAAAAAUCAUUGGGGCUAGCGAUAUUAGGCAGUAUAGGCCUAUUUGUUUGAUUAAUGUGAUAUUUAAGGUCAUCACAAAAAUCUUGACAAUAAGGGUGUCUAAAAUUAUCCAUAAAUACAUUAAGCCUACCCAAACUGUUUUUAUCCCUGGUACUAGAACUAUCCAUGAUGGAGCUGUAGUAGUUCUGCAUGAGGUUUUGCAUGAG